UAAAUACUGCAGCUCAAAGUAAAUGACAGCUUUUUGUUGCUGAUCCAUUUCAUCAAGCUUAAUCCUCUCAAGUCUAUUUUUAUUUGCAUGACGAAUUGCUGAAACGCAGUUGCAUGGGUUUCCUGAAAACUUCACCAGCCCCCUCAGGGAAUUCUCUGCUGUGUGACUAGCUCGCAGCAGCAGUAAGUAGCGCGGUGAUUCACUUAGUAAGCAGGGCGGCGGAGAGAAGCAGCGUGUCAGUAUGGCCGUGUGAUAUAUUAUAAUACUCACUUACAGAACACCGCGCUACCUGUCUGCGGCAUUGUUAUAUUACGUUCGGAGGAUUGUAGCUGAAUAACUGUUUCCUUAAUUCUGGAACACAAUGGCGUCAGUAGUGUGCCGAGUCCAGUUUCUCGACGAUAUGGACCCUUUCGUUUGCACAAAUUUUCCUGAACCCAGGAGACCGCCACCUUACACUCUGUAUGAAGACAUUUCUCUAAUUGAGCAGGUGGCCGGUGUGCAUAAGUUGCUGGAAUCUCCCUUAAAAUUGGAAGACUGUGCUCUGCAGUUAUCUCCGAGUGGAAACUAUUUGGAUUUGGAUUUGACACUUUCGGAACAGAAGGAUGACCUGGAACAGUUCUAUGAAGAUAUUGGCAAGGGGAAGAAGCCCGUGCUGAUCCUGCGGACCCAGCUGUCUGUUCGAGUCCAUGCCAUACUAGAAAAGCUGUACAACUCGCAUGGGCCCGAGCUGAGACGAUCCCUCUUCUCUCUGAAGCAGUUAUUUCAGGAUGAUAAAGACCUGGUUCCGGAGUUUGUGAUUUCGGAGGGGCUCACGUGUCUCAUUAAAGUCGGAGCCGAGGCGGAUCAGAACUACCAGAAUUACAUCCUGAGAGCUCUCAGUCAGAUCAUGCUCUUCGUGGAUGGAAUGAAUGGCGUUAUCAACCACAGUGAGACAGUCCAGUGGCUUUACACGCUCACUGGCAGCAUGCACCGGCUGGUUGUGAAGACUGCUCUGAAGCUGCUCAUUGUGUUUGUGGAGUACACUGAGUCCAAUGCUCAGCUUCUCAUUCAGGCUGUCAACACGGUCGACGGGAAGAGAGACACCAAGCCGUGGUCCUGUCUAAUUGAAAUACUGGAAGAGAAGAAUGGAGCCGAUGUGGAGCUGCUUGUAUUCACAAUGACACUAAUAAACAAGACACUGGCAGCUCUCCCAGACCAGGACUCGUUCUAUGAUCUUACUGACUGUCUGGAAACACAAGGCAUGGAGACCAUCAUCCACAGACACAUGAACAACAAAGGAACCGAUUCAGACCUGAAGCACCAGUUCACUUUAUAUGAGAAUGCCUUGAGGUUUGAGGACGGCGAGCUGGACAGGGCCCUGCCCAACGUGCGGAGGGACCGAAGGAAGUUGGCGCCGAGCGUUGAAGAAGGACGGAAGAGCAGGCGAACUUCUGGACAGAACAUGACGGAGGCGACGUUCGCCUCCACAACCCCGUCCUCCUGUGCCUCCCCCAGCCCCACCCUGGAGAGCAGCCUGCCCAGUCUGAACCGCUCCCACAGGACCCCCCUGCCCAGCAACAGGGCUUCCAGCUCCCAGGACAUGGGAUCCCAGAGCUUAUCUCCCGCUGUCCCUCCAGACUCCAGGUCUCCCACCGCAGCCAGCAACGGCAUUCAUUUCGCUGCCACAGAGUUCCAGCAGAGCGAGGGGACCCCCAGCACGGGGCGCUCAUUCGUCAGUCAUUAUGUGCCACCUCUGGGCAUUGGGAGAAGGUCUAGACUUUCUAGCGGUCAGUCGGUGUCCGGGGAAGCUUCUCCCACCUCUGCCAGCCCUGCUUUCCAGGACGCCUCUCCCAACAGGAGCCAGUCGGAUCUGCACUGCACUCAGCCGGCGCCGGAGAAGGAGGGCACAACUUCUGAAAGAGGCAUUUUCAAGACAGAGGAGGUUUGUUCUGUAAAUACAGAUAAACCUGUCCUAAGAAAGUUUGAAAAUCGCUUUUUGCAAAGCCUCACUGCCACCCAAAGGGAGAAGGACAGGAAAAGGCUGUCGCUCAGUAAAGGGAGGCUGGAUACUUCUCAAGAAGUGUCGUCAUCCCCAGACAUUGUGGUCACCCCCCCGAAGGGCCGCGACUCGCCAAGUGGUUUUAAUGAAGGCGGGGAGCGUCUGAGUGCGAAGGAGCGGCAGAGGGAGGCGGCGAGCGAGAAGGAGCCGUGCUCAGCCUCCUCCUCCUCCUCCUCGGCCAGCAGCACCCUGGAGCGAGAGGACAAGGCAGGCGCCAGACAGCCGGCACAUAAUGACCCAGGUCAAAGCCUCCUUCGGCAGAGCAGUCUGGAUCAGCACAGCACCCUUUCCAGUGACAGGAAGUUCAUGCUCGACAUGCUGUACUCCAGGAACAAAACCGGGGCCCUGAAGACACCCCAGAAGGCUGAGAAGGUCAGGCAGGAGGAGGGCGAGGCGGUGGUGGAGGAGGAGGAGGAGGAGAAGGAACCAGGAGAGGGUCGGAAGCCUUCCAGCAAGGCCCGCAACCAGCAGAGCAAGGAGAGCCAGCAGAGACCGGAGAUGGAGAGCAUGGCGGGGAGCGUGAGGGCGGCCAAGGAGAGGCUGAAUGAGGAGCAGCAGCAGCCCCGAACCCUUCGAGCGCAGUACAGCAUCGACGCCGAAAUCAACUCCAAGAACCUGGAGAAGACCCUCAUGAACCCCUUGUCGAGGGACAGCGAGUGCAUGUGGGACCAGCUGGAGACACGCUCCAGGAAGCUGAAGAUCAAGGACCUGGACUUCUCAGACCUGCUUGAGGAUGAGGACAUUGACGUCUUGGACAUUGGCGCUUACAGCUCGGGGGUUACAAACAGGGUCCCCCCUCCUCCCCCCACUCUUCUGGGCAGCACUGGCAUCCUGCCACCCCCACCACCUCCUCCCCCUCCCCCUGGCCCACCGGGCAUGUAUCUUCCGCCCCCACCCCUACCCCCUCCCGGCAGCAGUGACCUCUCCUGCCCCCCUCCCCCACCUCCACCCCCAGGCCUGUGCAUGUCCCCCCCCUUAAAGACUGAGGACAGCACCUUCGCCAAGAAGAGGAAGACCGUGAAGCUCUUCUGGAAGGAGCUGAAGCAGUCGGAAAUCCCCAGGAAGUGUACGUUCGGAAGGGGCACAGUGUGGGCCUCCCUGGACAAGGUGACUGUGGACACUGCCAAGCUGGAGCACCUGUUUGAGUCUAAAGCCAAGGAACUCCCUAGUGCUAAGAAAGGAGCUGAAAUUAAAAAGCAGACAAUAGUUGUACUGGAUCCCAAGAGAAGCAAUGCAAUUAACAUCGGGAUGACGGUGCUGCCCCCAGUUCACAUCAUUAAGACAGCCGUUCUCAACUUCGAUGAAUUUGCAGUUAACAAGGAAGGCAUUGAGAAAAUCCUGACCAUGGUCCCGACAGACGAGGAGAAGCAGAGGAUCCAGGAAGCUCAGCUGGCCAACCCUGACGUUCCUCUGGGCACCGCUGAGCAGUUCCUGCUGAUGCUGUCCUCCAUCAGCGGCCUGACCACCAGGCUGCAGCUCUGGGCUUUUAAACUGGACUAUGAGAGCAUGGAGAAGGAGAUUGCAGAACCGUUGUUUGAUCUGAAGCUGGGAAUGGAGCAGCUUGCAAAGAAUAAAACUUUCAAAAACAUUCUGGCAACGCUGCUUGCAAUUGGAAACUUCCUCAAUGGUUCCAAUGCCAAAGGCUUUGAGCUGAGCUACUUGGAGAAAGUGACCGAGGUUAAAGACACAGUGCACAGGCAAUCUCUGCUGUACCACACCGCUAACUUCGUAGUGGAGAACUUCACAGAAACAUCAGAUGUGUAUUCUGAGAUCGCAGCCAUCACACGCUCCGCUAAAGUGGAUUUCAGUCAGCUGUCGGAAAGUCUGGUUCAGCUGGAGAGGAAGUGCAAGACGUCCUGGGACAACCUGAAGGUGAUCGCCAAGCAUGAGAGCAAAGCCGCACUGAAGAACAAACUGACGGAGUUCCUGAAGGACUGCACCGAGCGGAUCAUCAUCCUGAAAGUGGUGCACCGCCGCAUCAUCAACAGGUUUCAUUCAUUCUUGCUGUACCUCGGGCAGCCCUCUCACUCGGUGCGGGACAUGAAGGUGACGCAGUUCUGCAGGAUCAUCAGCGAGUUUGCUCUGGAGUAUCGCACCACGCGGGAGAGGGCCCUGCAGCAGAGGCAGAAGAGGGCUGCAUACCGGGAGAGGAACAAGACCCGAGGCAAGAUGAUCACAGAGACGGAGAAGUUUUCCGGUGCUGCUGGCCCCCCGGCUCCCGUGUCGGGUCCCAGCUCCCAGCAGCAGCAGGGCCAGGCAGACGAGGAGCACGAGAACAUGAAGAACCUGCUGAUCCCGAGCAGGGAGCCCAGCGGCACGCGCCGGAGCAGAGGCUACUACAGUUUAGGUAGAACUAGUCCAUCCAAUUCGACAGUGUCAAAGGAGGACAGUUCGGGUUCACAGGACGAUGCUACUGAUGAAAUCAUGGAUCGUUUGGUUAAGUCUGUUACGCAAAACCCUAACCAGAGACCGUUGACCCCGAAAGAGAGGAAGAGGUCCCGGGCAAACAGGAAGUCGAUGCGGAGGACCCUGAAGAGCGGGCUGACCCCUGAGGUGGUUCAGGCUCUGGGGCUGACCAAUGCCAGCGAGGUGUAACUGUGAUGUGUUUAGAAGAAGGGGGGGUGGGGAGUUUGCAUGGAAUUAGGACGUGACUUUGCAUUGACGCGGAGGAGUUUAUGGAGCAGAGUCAUUAAUCACUAAAAAGAAAAGGGACAUGGCUUCAAAGAGAGGUGUAGUAUGUUCUGAAAAGCUUCCAGAAGGCUUUGGAAUAUGAAAGGUGCAAGAAUAUGCUUAAUGGAAGACGUUUGGCCCAACCUUGACGUCAUUGUAAUUUCCUAAGGUGCUAAGCAGUUGGGUUGUGAACAAAAGAGGGGUCAGAAAAGCCUCAAAAUGCAGGCUAUUGCAUUGAAGUGUUUGUGGGUGAUAGUAAUCCCAUUCCUGUCAUGCGCUUGCACAAGUCUCAGAUGUGCAGUUUAGAAAGAAACACAUGGUACAGCAAACAUGUAUCUUCAUUUUAAAACUUGAGGUCUAUUACACUGUUUCAACUCCUGACUGACAUGUUUUGCAGCCAGAAAUGUGAGGUGAAAAUACCUCAGAAAUCAAACAGCAUCAGUUUUCCUUAAAAGGCAUCCAAACUGAGAACGUCCCUGCACCUAGUGCAGAUAGCACGUUCAGAUGAAUACCUUUGCUAUGUGGUAUUCACAUUUGAGACCUACACAGCAAAUGGAAGUUCAGGAUGGGUAAGAACACUAACUACAUGUCAGGGACGGAAAUAAGACUCCUGUUGCAUGGCAGUUUGACCCAUUCCUGAUUUUACUAUGAGCUUGCUAACUAUACACUGUGGCUAAUCAAGCUCAAAGCAAAACCUGGAAUGCGUGAAACAGCGAUGCAGAAGGAGUCUUAUUUCCAUGCCCGCAGGUAUUGUGUUAUCUACAACCACUUCAAGCUACCAACAUUAGACAGUGAUGCAGUAUUGUCAUGAUGAUAACCCAAACCAAUUACCCAGCUUGUGUUAAAGCCGCUGUCUCUCUUACAUUUGCACAUUUCGUUUUUUAUAAAAUAAAAACACAGUCCAUUUUAUAUGGAUAUACAUGUAAUCUGUAAUAUGCCUUGAUAGCUGGGUGCAGCCCCCAAACUAUAGCAUACUCCAUACUGCUGAUUUGUAAAUAGAUAUACUGUAGUUCUCAGGAACCUGGUGUAAAGACUGUGCUUUAUAAUAACCAGUUUCAUAACAGCUGUGAUUGUGCAGUCUUGCACACACAUGAAAUGAAUGCAUUCUUCCUGGAUAGCAGAGAGAUAGUGUUGCUUCUGAAAGGAGCUUGCAUGGAUACAGUGAACAGCACACAGUACAGUGGUGUUUCAGUUACAGGGCUCUUCUGAUGGCAUGGACUGUGUUAGUGUAUGGGUGGUACACAUAUCAUGAAGCAAUAUGUUCAUCCAUAAUGUGGAUACAAGCAUUUGCACUGGGAGUCUAAUACUAUUAGUCGUUGCAGUAUUAACUCAUAUGUACCUGCAUUGACAGCAUCAUGCAUUGUGUUGUCUCCCGCUGCACUCUUUAGUAUAAACUUAAACACAUGUGUUCUGAAAUCGAUCAAGGAUUGCAAAUGGAUUGAUUGUGUGUGUUUACACUACGGAUCUAUGACUUUGUUUUCAUGUUUGUUAAAUAAACAGAACUCCGUAGGUAGUGCAUAGUUUUAUGAGCACAUUUGGUUUAAAGAUUCUGAUUAUUAUAUUUUUUAUUUUUUGACAAUGUGCUUUUUGAAUGUUUUUUUUAUAUAUAUAUAAUGUAUGUUAACCAAGCAUUUAUAAAUAUGUAAAAGCCUGAUAUAUGUUGUUUUUUUGUGAUUAAAGUCUGGAGUGUACAUUUCAA